CCGGCAAAACCCUGGGCCACCAAAGCGGAACGCGCCAGCUUAACCACUCGGCCACCAGGGUAUUCUCCCAGCACAGAUGACGCCUUGACUGAGAGUCAUGGUAAACCUCCAGGAAGCCCUAGCCCAGAAUGGGGAGGGAGCAUCUUGAUACUGUGCCUCAUCAAAGAGAACCACGCAUGCAGGAUCUUGGAUGAUGAGGAGGCUUGGCCAACCCAUGUCAAGGAUGGUUGAGGCACAGUGGGGGCACAGGAGGAGCCCUGGGAGAAUGAUAGGAGGUGGCUCACCCCAGCACUUGUCUCCCCAGACCUCCCCUUCUGGGCCUUCUUCCUCAUCUUCUUAGUGGGACUCCUGGUGCUCAUCACAUGCCUGAUCUGCUGUCUCUGUUGAGAACCAUUGAGAAAAGGUCAUCUACAUGAUGUGUCUCUGAGGCCUCACCUCCAGCUACCUCCACAGACCACCCCACACUCCAUCUGUCCUCACCAUUCUAUGGCUGCUCGCCUGAGAAUGUUUAUCUGAAAAAAAUUCAACUUACAAAUGAAGAUUGUGCUGUAAAUGGAAAGUACAAGCUGGAUUUGGGGAACCCAGUAAAAAAUAUUCUCUGGCUGCUGGAAAGCUGAGAAUGAGAGCCUCUUCAUCGCGGUGGACAUUGGCUCAACUCUCACCUCUCAUGCCUCGGGCCUUUUGGCAGGAAGAAUACUCAAGUAACACAGGGCAGCACCCGGCAGGCCAUGCCACAUCAGAGCUGCACCGAGGAGAUGGUCAAGGAGCUGGUGGUUGGUUUCAAAUAUGCCAUCUCCCUGGACAGGGGCGGGUGCUCCAGCCCACCAACAAUGACCAGGGCUGGGGUAAGUUUGAAAAUGAGUCCAGUAUGAAUUCCAAUGAAGCCUGCAGGAUGUAUGCCCUCCAGGCAGGCCUGAUGGAGACUCUGGGAGAGUCCAUGGCACCAGCCUUGCUGGGGAGAAACAUCUCAAAUGUCACUACCUUCAGCUACCCAGCCUUCAAAACAUCCCACCUGAUCCUGAACCAGGUACUCACUAGGUCCUGUCGUCCAUCACACAUCCCAAAUGAUGCCCUCGUCACCACCUUUACAUCCGGAGGCAUCUUCCAUUAUGACAACGAGGAGGACAGACCACAGGACCCCCUAAUAAAUGCCAUCUCUUCUCUGGUGGGAACCUGCCUGGACCCAGUGCAGGAUUUCUGGGAGCCCCUGCACCUCCCCUGCUUCAGGAUGAAGCUGGCCCCUGUGCAUGUGAGCUCGCCUGCCUCAGAGCUGGAGGGCCACGCCUCCCUCCUCCAAGUCCACCUAGAGGCUCCAGAGCCCGUGGAGGCAGAACUGGAAGGACCAUCUCCAGAGCUCCCACCAGCUCCAGAGCCAGAGCAAGAGCCAGCUCCAGCUCUAGUUCCACCACCUGUGCUAGAGCUGACAGCUGUGUCACCUCCAUCAGUCCCACAAGUGCCAGAGCCAGGGCCAACAUCAGCUCCAGCCCCAGCGCCAGCUCCUGAGCUGGAUCCCGCUGGACCCUUGUCUCCAGGGAGAAUUCUAACUCCGUCUGGAGAGAGAACAUCAGAGCCGGAUCCAGCCCCAGAGCCCACCUGCCCCCGGGCUGUGACCACCAAGAGCCUGCUAUGGGAGCAGAAGCCUGACUCCUUGGGGUUCCUUCCCCAGCUGAUUGCAGACCAGUUUACAGUGAUGGAUGCGGGGCUGUUCAAGCAAGUGAUGCCCCGCCACUGCCUGGACUCCAUCUGGUCCCCGUGGGACAACAGGGGCAAUGAGCAUCUGGCACCCACCAUCUGUGCCACCGUCACCCAGUUUAUCACAGUGGUCAACUGUGUUGUCACCACCUGCCUGGGAGACCUGAGCAUGACAGCCCAGGACAGGGCCAGGGUGGUGGAGCUCUGGAUCCAGGGGGCCAGGGAGUGCCAAAGCGUGAGGAACUCUGCUUCACUCCGUGCCAUCCUCUCUGCUCUGCAGAGCCACACCGUCCAUCAGCUCAAAAAGACUUGGGUACACGUUUCCAGGCGGGAAGAGCUCUCAAAAAUUUAAAAAUUUGUGCAUGAAGGACCAGCGAGUGAGCAGGAAGCUGCUCAUGGAGAUGAGGAGAGAGGCUGAGGGGCCUGGGCAGGCCGGAGGCCACAGAGGAGCGAGUGUUGGAGCUGGGACUGAUCGAGAAUCAGAGCACUCUGGAAAAGGGAGCAGCCACACACACCAGAUGUCCAGGGUACAGGAUCAGGGGCAUGGGGGACAUGUGGAAGGGAGUAUGGCCUCCUUGGCCUCCUUGACCCUGUUCUUGACUUUGUAGGAAGUGGCCUCUCUUUGGAAGGCCCUGGAGAUGGGCCCCUGGGGAGCCCAGGAGAGGCAGCAGCAGCAGGGUAUCGUUCCCUUCCUGGGCGCAUUCCUCGAUUACCUGCAGCUGCUGGACACUGAGAUAGAGGAUUAUCUGCAGGGAAAUAGGGUGAACUUCCAGAAAUAGAGUGAGGAGAGUUAGAUACACACAGCUGGGAUCCCAUCACAUUGGAUCCUGGAAUUAGUUCCUGGAUGAGGAACUAGUUCAACUCAACUGUGAGAACAGGCAAGUCCUGAAUGUGAUGCGGGGUCGGUGAGCUGAGAAGACGAAAGAAAGAUUUCUUAGACUCUUAAGAUCUGGCAGUAGUGCUCUUUUAUUUAGAGAAUAGAAUAGCAUGGGGACAGGACCCAUGG